GUCUGACAAGUUUUUAAGACAACACUCCAGACUGUCGACUUCAGUUUACUUAGACUAGGCUAGUGCUGCUGUAUCACCUGAACAGGUUAGUAACAGCAGUCCAGCAGCUAUGCCGAGCCAAACUGAGCAGUGGAUCCGCACUUCGUUGCGCACCCCGGGCAUUUUUAUCUUCGGAAUGGUCCUUGCCCCUUGCGGCUGGAUCCUAAACCUCACAGCGACAGUCUCUCCCAACUGGAGAACCAUCCACACUAUCCCCUCAAACCCGCCUGAUACGUUCCUUCAGCAAGGCAUCUGGGACAUAUGCCUGGCGUCCGACUCAUCCCGAGUGGUCCUCUGUAACCAAAAUGACAUAACCUACUUCAACAACCAGAUUAUAGUGGUCGCCCAGGGCUUGAUGGUAGCGUCUCUGAUACUGACUCUGAUCGGGCUGGCCACGGCAACCCCCGGGGUAAGGUGCUGGACAGACCACCCGAACUGGACAGUAGCCGGGCUGGGGGGAAUACUCAUCUUUCUGUCGGGAGUCAUGACGAUCAUCCCUAUUGCAUGGUACACUCACAUCCUCAAAAGCAUCGCAGCAUCCAGCACCGACAUUCGCGUCGGCUACUGUAUUAUUUUGGGAUACAUCGGGGGCAUCUUCGAGCUACUGGGCGGCUUGGUCAUGUGCAUCGGGAUGUGUCGUUGCUGUGGCGGUAAGAACCGCGGAGAGACGCGAAUCUCGGAGACCACCGCACACUUCAGAAACACCAAACCCCCACGGCGCCGCAUCGAGGUGCCUAGCAUCGCCCGAACCCUGAGCAGCGCUAGCAGCGUCCCCUACUCUAAAGACUCCAUGGAAGACGAGGCGGACUUUCCCCGGGCAAAGAGCACCUCGUACGGAGGAAGACGACCUGCUUAUGACGCUGAUCUGUGAGGACAUUAUGGUGAAGAGGGUCAGUUGCCAUUGAUAGAAGUUGUGACAUGUACUGUACAGUGCUAUAGAAGAUAUAUCUACCAAAUGAAGGACAUUUACCUCUACAUGUAGGCAUGUUGUUUUAACCAUAAAACACAUUUUAACUACACCUAAUCUUGUUGUUUGGGUGAAUAUGAUAGAACUAAAAAGUAUUUCACACUUUUAGGAAUAUGCCUAUGAUGUGGCCUAUGGCAUUUUUGUAUUUGAAGAUGUUUGGUAGUCAUUUGUAAAUGGUUACUAUGUCAGCUCCAUAGAACAUGGAAUAUAUAUAUAUAUAUAUAUAUAUAUAUAUAUAUAUACACACUUAAAUAUUGGAUGGGUCAGGAUCUGUGAGCUCAAAUCAUUGUGGACUUAACUGUCUAAAUACACUUUACAUUCUAUUCCAGGAGGAUAGACUGUUAGGCCUACAUGUUGUGAUCCUACUGUAAAUUAGUUUAAUAAGGGCUGCUAGGCCUACAAGUUAUCCUACAUGUUAGGCCUACAUGUUGUGAUCCUACUGUAAAUUAGUUUAAUAAGGGCUGCUAGGCCUACAA